AUGGCCGCCACAGACGGCCGCAUGGGUGCACACCCGCAGCCAUACCCGAACCUUCCAGCGUCGCCCACCUUGACGAACCCUGAUAUGAUUUUACCCGAUUAUGACUUUGCGCUCUCGCCCAGCCUCGACGACGAGGACCACCCGGCCCGCUCCCAGUCGCCGCUCAUGAUGUGGAAGAACGCCCACGCUGCCUCGUCGACCACCGACUUGCAGCAGCUCUUUGCCGCCUCCUCUCAAGAGCACCACGCCUUUCCGGCCGGACCCAUCACACCCACCACCCCCAUUAUCUACGGCAAUGGCACCAUGCUCUCCGACAUUGGCGAGGUCACCGAGGCCGAAAGCACCCCCGGUCGGCCCUCGCCAGGAUCCGUACGACGCCGCGCCGCUGGCGGUGCUGGUAGCAGCGGUCCAUUUGAUGCUGCGGGCUCAGAGGGCUCCUGUACGCCGUCACCGACCCCUUUGCCGCACAACCUCCGCCCCUUCCACCACAGCUCCAGCCACAACACCCUCCAGGCGGCGCUCAGCAGCCGCGACAAUCUCUCCGACGCGCCGCGUCGGUCAUCGCCUACAAUGGGUGUCGAAGAUGCACCUCAGCAGAAUGUAGGCGCAAGCUCCAACGGCGUCAAGCAGCGCGCCCGGCAACAGCAGCAACAACAGCAGACCGCCCGGCGGGACUCGCUCGAGAGCAACAGCACAAUAAGGACACAAGAUCAGGGUGGUCUCUUUGCCGACUUUGACGACACCGUCAGCGUUGGUGACAGCGUCUUCCAGGGCGACGACGAGGAGAGCGUGGCCGAGUCCUACGUGGAGGAGCCGUAUGUUGCUCGAGAGGUGCCGAUCCUGGGCUCGGCCGCACCAGCGUCUCUACUCGCCGUUCCGGAUUUCAGCAGUGGUGGCUUAAGUAGCGGAGGCAACACAAGCGACGAAGGCGACCGGCGGCUGUCUGCCGCGUCGCUCAGUCUGCGUGCUGAAAAGAUUCUGGCCAAUGCCAAAAAGCGACUCACGACACCUGUCCGCUCCGCGACCGCCAGCAGCCGCUACCACGACCCGAACCCCGGCUCGCCAAUACACUCCCGCAUGGUAAGCGACGGCGCCGUGCCAAUCACCGGCGGUCUGCCCAGCAACGUCCCGCAGCGGUCGGCCAGCGCUCUUGGUGCCGCUGGCGGCUACCGCAAGCCACGGCAGACCGGCUCCAGGAGCGCUGAUCGCAUCAACGAAAUCCAGGACAGCUUGAGUGGGGGCUACCACCGGGCUGGUCUUGCCAAGCCGGUGGACAUUGUCCUGGAGCGCCUGGACGAGGUAGACGGCGCCGACGACAAUGAGAUUUUGCCAUCGCAGGACCGCUCAAGCGACCAAGUAGAAUCAUUCCUGAGCCCAACAUUCGGUUCGGCCGCCAACGGCGGACAGUCUGGGCUGACUCGGUCGGCGUCCGUCGCCCAGAUGCGCGACCUCAAGGACCAAAUGAAGGGCCUCAAGGGCAAGAUCUCGACGCUCCGUGAGCAGGCCCGUGCCGACAGCCUCAAGCGCAGAAGCCUUCAAAGUCUUAGGACACCUAGCCCGUUCACGCACUCGCAGGUGGACCAGUGGUACGCCGAGCAACCGCAGUCGAAUGGGAGCCCCGAAUCUUCCGGCAACGGCAGCUCAGGCCAGCACCAGAACAACUGGACCAAGGAACGGGCUGCGGACAGCGCGGCUGAAAGAAACCCCGUGGCCACCCGCGGCGAUGUCAGUACGCCUCCACCUCGGCAAGCGAGCGGUUCCUCGUCCGCCGGAAGCGCACGUUUGCAACGCAGCGGCGGCAGUAGCUCGAGUAGCGCUCGUAAGAUUCGGCGGAAUACGGCCACUGCGCUCGAUGCAGACCAGACGGACGGGGACUCUGUCCUGAGCAGAUACGAAGACGUGGAGGACGGAGUGGUGACAAAGCUGUCCUACGCCAAUAUAUCACAGCAUGCGACCGAGUCCCCUGUUCUGGGUGAAGCCCGGUCAAUCCCUGGCAGCGAGACUAUCCCCGGUGACGACGACGUGGACGAUAUGCGGACCGAGAAUGGAGACUUUUCCGACGACGGCGAGCCGAGACAGCUUGAGGAUGUCUUUGUCGACAGCGCCGAAGCAACCGAGCAACUGGAAAACGACGACGGUUUCAACAACAACGAGGUGUACGACUUGGGCGCCGACGACGAUGACUCAAGCGACCUGUCGUCGCAGCAGCAGUUCGAGCAAGAUGACGUCGAUUACGAGAGCGAGAGCGGCGAGUCGCUGUACCAUGAAGCGCUGCAGCACCCUGUAUCGCACGAAGACCGCGAGGAUGCCUUUGACUACGAGCAUUUCAUCCUGCACAGCGCCCUGGGGACUAUCAGCCAACAGCGUCUGGCGCGGAGCGGAAGCUUCAGCUCGGAGGAUUCGGUCGAAACCACGCGGGGCCCUGUUUCGUCUAGCAGCAACAACAAUAAUGACGCCGCUUUCCCAAGCCCGAACCGCCGGACCAGCAUGAGCUCCAUUUCCACCGUCGAGUCCGCCGACUCCUUCGCAACGGCCACCGAGGGACGGACCAGCCGUAGCAACCACGUCAGCUCCGAUGAGGAGGACGUCGUUGUUAUCGACCGCGAUGCGCGGACUGCUGCUGCCGCCAAAUACCGGCCGGACAGCGUGCUCCUUGCGCGUGCAGCCGCCGCCAAUCAGGGCCCCGCGCCAGUCGCCUCCGCCGCACCGCCCGAGGACAACUUUGGGUCCGGCCCCAAAAGGAACAGUGCCGAAGAGCCGCGCCAGACCCAGCAGCCGUCCAUGGCGCGGCGCCCGGCCAGCGCCGUCGCUGGCCACCGCCCGUCGAUCUCGUCUUUUGAGUCCAUUGGCACCACGCGCAGCUUCCCGCUCGUGAACCGCAACCGCAUCGGCAGUGUCAGCACCGCGAACGGAGGCCCCGCUACCGGCUACCGUAGCGGCAGCAGUGGCGGCACCCACAGUCUGACCUCGUCCGUCUCGACCCUGCCCAACGGCAACCGAGACAACUCUGCCUCGUCGACGCCGACGCCGACGCCGACUCAGGCAGCACAGCCAGUGCUCAAUGGUGGCCUUGUCUCCGACAACGAGGAGCUCCGGAGCAUCUCCGAGAUCAUCAUGAACGAGACGGCAAGCAUAUUUGAGCAGGGCGGCCAUGGCAGCGCCAGCCUCGGCACCAAGCCGAGCGUGUCCAGCCUCGGCGCGCCGUUCCACGACCGCGCGGGCAGCGCUGCUAGCAGUACGAAUGGUGGCAUGGCCUCGCACGCCCAAGCCCAAGCCUUGGAGGCGCUGUCCAAGGAAGACCAGUAUCUCGUCGAGCGCCUGGUCGGCAACCUGGGCCGCUGCGUGCUGGGCCUGUCCGAGAGCGGUCGUGCGAGUAUGGAGAGCCGCAUGUUCCGGCGGCGCAUCGAUGCUGCACGACGCAUUCUCGAGGGUCUUGACCCUAUCUAA